AUGGGGCCGGUUGAAACCCUAAUUGAGAGAGCGAGCUUACUGAGAGAAUCUCUACAAAAGAGCCAAACUAAUACUGACAGCAUGGUCGCCAUUCUUGGGUCCUUCGAUCACCGGCUCUCCGCCCUCGAGGCGGCAAUGCGGCCUACUCAGGUUCGAACGCAUGCGAUUAGGCUCGCACAUGAGAAUAUUGAUAAGUCGUUGAAGUCGGCCGGGGUGAUUCUGCGCCAAUUUGAUCUCUCUCGGCAGGCUGAGGCUAAAAUUCUGAAGGGGCCACAUGAGGAUCUUGAGAGCUAUUUGGAGGCAGUUGAACAGCUGAGGUCUAAUGUCAAAUUCUUUAGCUCAAAUAAAAAUUUUAAGAGUGAUGCGGUGCUAAACCACAUCAACAGUUUGUUAGCAAAGGCAAUCAUGAAGCUCGAUGAGGAGUUCAAGCAGCUUCUAGCUAAUUACAGCAAGCCUAUGGAACCUGACCGCCUUAUUGAGUGCCUUCCUAACUCUUUACGGCCACCAGCUGAAGGUGAAGGUGGUAAAAGUGCAUCAUCUAAUCAAUCUGACCACCAAGUCAAAAGCAUAGAAAAUGCUAUAUACAAACCACCAACUCUCAUUCCUCCAAGGAUUUUGCCGUUGUUGCAUGAUCUAGCUCAACAAAUGGUUCUAGCAGGAAACCAGCAACAGUGUCUAAAGAUUUAUCGAGAGACCCGUGCUUCAACUUUAGAACUGAGCCUUCGAAAAUUGGGAGUGGAGAAACUUGGUAAAGAUGAUGUGGCAAAGAUGCAGUGGGAAGUCUUAGAAGCAAAAAUUGGGAAUUGGAUCCACUUCAUGCGAAUUGCUGUCAAACUGCUGUUUGCUGCAGAGAGAAAAAUCUGUGACCAGAUUUUUGAGGGUGUUGAUAAUAAUCUGAAGGAUUAUUGUUUUGCUGAAGUAACUGCAGACAGUGUCUUGGUGCUUCUUAGUUUCGGGGAGGCUAUUGCUAAAAGUAAAAGGUCUCCAGAAAAGUUGUUUGUGCUUUUGGACAUGUAUGAGAUAAUGCAUGAGCUGCAUCCAGAAAUUGAAUCGAUUUUUGAGGGCAAAGCUUGUUCUGAGAUGAGAGAAUCUUCUCUUGCUCUGACGAAGCGCUUAGCGCAGACUGCUCAAGAAACCUUUGGUGAUUUUGAGGAAGCAGUUGAAAAGGACGCUACGAAAACAGCUGUACUUGAUGGAACUGUACACCCUUUGACUAGUUAUGUGAUUAAUUAUGUCAAGUUUCUCUUCGACUAUCAGUCAACGCUAAAGCUGCUUUUCAAAGAGUUUGAAACUGGAGAAGAUUCAGACUCCCAACUGGCAGUUGUAACAACACGGAUAAUGCAAGCUCUGCAGACCAACCUGGAUGGAAAAUCCAAGCAGUAUAAAGAUCCUGCUCUUACGUACCUAUUCCUUAUGAAUAACAUUCACUACAUAGUCAGAUCGGUUCGGCGGUCUGAAGCAAAGGAUUUAUUGGGUGAUGACUGGGUUCAGAGACACCGAAGGAUUGUGCAGCAAAAUGCAAAUCAGUAUAAGAGAGUUGCUUGGGCAAAGAUACUGCAGUGCCUUUCUGUUCCUGGUUCAGGUGACACGAACAACGCUAGUACACUCUCGAGAGCAGGAGUAAAGGAUAGGUUUAAGUCCUUUAACUUGCAAUUUGAGGAACUUCAUCAAAGGCAGUGCCAGUGGACGGUACCAGAUCCUGAGUUACGCGAGUCUUUGAGACUUGCAGUUGCUGAAGUUCUAUUACCAGCAUACAGAUCUUUCGCGAAACGUUUUGGAUACACUGCAGAAGACCUAGAUCGAAUGCUUGGAGAGUUCUUCGACGGAAGGACUUCUGAGCAGAAGCGCUGAAAUCUGACACCGAGAGAGGCCUAAUAUCUGGAGGUCAAAAAUAUUUUGCGUAUUUGCAAUUUUUUAAGUCAAAUUUGUUUAUUCUUUUAUUCACCUUGGUAAUAAUAAAAUUCAUGGGUGAAUUUAUCCACUUUGUGCAUGUAUUCAUAUGUAAUUAUUGGCAUUAAUGAAAUAAAAAAGUCUUGACGGUUGAUGG